CUCUCCAGAACCCAAAAUUCUUUUAGUCUACAUUUCACAUCCAACCACGGAGUAGGUUUUAAGAAUGGCACCGCGUCUGCUGCUCAGUUUUGUGCUUCUGGCUUUGGCCUUGAUCGGCAGCAGUAAUGCAGCACCCAAUGGACGUAUUGUCGGUGGUUCUAACGCCAAUGUUGGACAAUUCCCCCAUCAGGUUUCACUACAACGUGAAGACGGUUCACACACAUGUGGUGGUUCGAUCAUUAGUGAACGGUAUAUUCUGACAGCAGCGCAUUGUGUUGUUGUUGGAAAUGGCAUUGAACCUUAUCCAGCUAAAUUCUAUCAAGUACGUGUUGGCAGUAUUCAACGCUCAAUCGGUGGACAACUAUUGAAGUUGAAACGCAUCAUCGUUAAUAAAGCUUACGGUGAUUUCCUCAACGAUGUAGCUCUAUUGGAAUUGGAGAAACCACUGGUCUUCACUAAAAAUAUACAACCCAUUGACUUGGCCGAAGAAGAAGUGCCUUCGGGAACGGAUGUUGUAAUAUCGGGUUGGGGUCGCCUAUAUACAAAAGGUCCGAUUCCACAUACGUUGCAAUGGAACUUUUUAAAAGCUUUGAAUACGGAGGAGUGCGACGAAUUGAUCGGUAUGGGCGACGAAAGCUUGAUCUGUUUAGCACAUCCAGCUGAUAAUGGUGCUUGCAAUGGCGACUCUGGCGGUCCAGCCACAUAUAAGGAUAAACUGGUGGGUGUGGCCGGUUUUGUAGUGAAUGGUUGUGGUAGUACUUAUCCAGAUGGUUAUGCGAAGGUGGCAUAUCAUCGCGAAUGGAUUCGUGCUCAUACAGGCAUUUAAAUGAAAUGAAAAUAAAUAUUUUGAAAUAAAAUAAUUUAGUAACUUAA